AGAGACAAUAACCAAUGGAAGAACAAAUUGAUUUGGUCGGGAAGGCAUUUACAGAUCAUUACUACCAUCUUUUCGAUAAUGAUCGGCAAGCUCUCUCUUCUCUCUACAGGCCUUCCUCCAUGUUGACGUUUGAGGGCCAAAAGAUACUAGGUGUUGAGGACAUCACUGCUAAGCUUACCAGCUUUCCGUUUGAUCAAUGCCAACAUGUGAUCAGCACCAUUGAUUUACAACCUUCUACUUUCGCUGGCGGCAUUGUCGUCUUCGUCAGCGGCAGCCUGCAGUUGCCCAGAGAGGAGCACCAUUUACGGUUCAUCCAGAUGUUUCAUCUAGUACCCGUACUUGAAGGAAAUUUCUUCGUGCAUAAUGACAUAUUCCGCCUCAACUAUGAAUGAAUGUUUUCCCCAUUUGUCGCGCAAUAUACAUUUACUUGAAGGAAGCACAUUCCUCUUUACCUUUCAUCUUUUCUUCAUUGUAUUAUUGGAUGCAAA